GGGAAUAUCCCUUACCUACCCCACAUGCACUCGUACUAUAUUGCUUAAUUUUCUCCCUCUUUGCAAAGAUAAAUACAAUUGUCUAAAUUAUACAACUCUGCCUUAUUAUAAAAACUGCGUAUUGUUGAUACUGUAGCGACCUGUAUGUGUUGAUGUUUUAAUGUUAAUGUUCAUUGUGAUGUCUGUGUGCCUGUGUCCUUGCUCUCUGUCAGCCGCGGCAGCUCAUGUGUGGGUUGCUAUGCGCUGCGGGGGGCUGGCAGAGUAGCCGGGGGGCGGGGACACCUGGAUAAGAUAACGUGUUUCUUGUUGUUGAGUCUCUUUGAGCUCUCGGUUUAGUGAUGAGCAGUCACAGUGAUUAAAGUUCCCAUGGAUGUAAACAAUAAAGUAAUCAUUUACAGAAACUCCUCUCUGAGUAGUGCCUGAGAUCGCUACAAUUGGUGUCAGAAGUGAACUAUAAAUAAAGUGAGUGAGCUAGGGAGACAAGUUCUUUAUCGUUUUUUUUUUGGUAGUUAAUUAUCAGUUUAGCUAGCGGCUACGUUUUUUGCGGAGGACAUUGUUUAACGUUAUGGAGAACUUUUCUGGCGUGAAAGUUAAGGAGGAGGGAGACAGUGGUCCUGGCCGAUGGUCUGAGGAGUUUCAGAGGAUGGAACAGGCAAGAUCUCGGUUACGGGAUUCGGCGGCGAGGAUGGCUUCGGAGGCUGGCAUGGCUGCAGGUUCAAAGUCAAAGUCCCGCGCGGAGCAUCCGAGGAGUGGGGGAGGGGCGGACUGUGACUGUAAGAACGUCAAUCAUGGCGGCGCCCAUAGCACAUGGUCCUCAGUAAAAACACCCAAGUACGGGGGAACAUCUGCUCUUUGCCCUCUCGUAAAACUGCUCUGGCACUAUGUAUACUCACGCUUUUCGUUGUCUACCACAUACCAUACUCUAUCAGAUUCCUAGAGGGCUUAAUUCCUAUGGAUAAAUGUCAGUUGGUUGGAAGUGAAGCACUCAAGCUGGACAAUGCUGUGGACAUAACUCUUAAGCUUGGGUCUAGAUCCGACGUUCAGACCUGCACUUACUGGGGUGCACCCAUCAUUUGGGAUGGGAUGUUUGACCCAGAGGCUUAUGAUCAGACCCAUAAAAGGACCCAUACCUCAGUGGCGCUGACUGUAUUUGCUGUGGGCAGAUACCUUGAUGCCUACCUGAAAGACUUCCUGAGAUCUGCAGAAAUCUACUUUAUGGUGGGUUUACCUGUGACCUACUACGUCUUUACAGACGUCCCAGAGAAGGUUCCGGCCCUAAACCUGGCACCGGGACGAGAGCUGAAAGUCUUCGCAGUGGAACGCCACUCCCGGUGGCAGGACAUCUCAAUGAUGCGAAUGAAAUCCAUCAUGGAAGUCAUCGACACCCACAUUCGCCACCACAAUCAGUACGUCUUCUGCAUGGAUGUGGACCAGGUCUUUGGGGGCCGGUUUGGUGCAGAGGCUUUGGGGGACUCCGUUGCCCUCCUCCACGCAUACUACUACCAUCGCUUCAGGUACAUGUUGACGUACGACCAGAACCCCAAAUCCCAGGCCUACAUGGCAGAGUCACAGGGGGACUUCUACUACCACGCAGCUGUGUUUGGUGGCUCCUGGCAGAGGGUGAGACAGAUGACAGAGGCGUGCUACCGCGGCAUCAUAAAGGACAAGGAUAAUGGGGUGGAGGCUCUCUGGCACGACGAGAGCCACCUGAACAAAUACCUGUGGCAGCACAAGCCCAGCAGGGUGCUGUCUCCCGAGUACUGCUGGGACCCCUCCGUCGGGUAUCGCAGUGAUAUCCAUGUUACACGACUCCUCUGGCGAGAAAAGGACUAUGGCAAGCUUAGGGACAAAGCAAAUUAAAAUUUGACAGCUAAGGUCACAAGCAGGGGCGGACUGGGGGAAGAAAGUGGCCCGGGAGCUGUGGUGUAACUUUUUUACCACACCCCCUCCCCCUGCGCACAUAUUUUGAGUAUAACACUUGAAACUGUGAAAUUGUCAGGGUGGAUCACUAACCGCCACCGCCACGCCCCUCCCCCCGCGCGCAUAUUCUGCCUUCAGACUAUUUCGAUUGACAUGAAUAUAUUGAACCGGCCCAAACCCCGUCGGCCCACCGGGGAUUUCUCCGGUAUCCCCGAUGGCCAGUCCGCCCCUGGUCACAAGGUCAAUGUUUGAUGUGUGGUGUGUGAGACUGUUGUUGUUGGGUUAGCCCAUGAGUUCAAGAGUUUAAUCUUGUGAUGUGUGAGAUGUUACUUUUUAAGUUUGGAUGUUUGUUCUGGGAGGCUGGUCCUCUGGCUUGUUGUUGAAAGAGAGAGUGUGUGGUUGAAAAAGUAGGGGGGAAAAAAAUCAUCAAAUGAUGGAUCCUGAAGCAGGGUGUGUGUCCAGAGCUGUGUCUCUUUGAUGGAGGUGUGCGGGAAUGAAGUCCCCCUAGAACAGGAUGUGAAUGCCGAGCAGUUGUAUGCCGGUGUCUGAGUUGUACAGGGAGGCAGAGCCACCCAUAGAAAGCCCACUCUGGCGGUACGUAGUCUUGGUGAACAUGUGGGGUCAAAGGGUAAGUGGUGGGUGGUAUAGCGUAAUCUAUUAUGUAAGCUUUCUGCCUGUCCUUUCGGUCGUUGUUGAAACAGGCAUUCACCAACAGAAGCUGUUGAAGCAGGCACUCACCAAUAGAGCUUUACUGACUAAUUGAAUGAAAUAACUAAUGAUACACUGAUAAUACGAACAUAAGUUAAACAUACAUAUGACACUGACAAGGCUGUAUUUUCAGUUAUUAUGCCAUGUAAUGUCACUUUAGUAACCACUAUAUUUUCUUGAUCAACUGUACUUUCUUGAUCAUGUCCUCCCACAAGGACACUUGUGUGCGUGAGUGCAUGAGUGCUUGGGUGGAUGAGUGUAGUGUAAAUUGUGUGCUUGAGUGCAUGAGUGUACUGUAAAUCGCAGCAAGGAUAAACAGACAGGAAGUAGCAUCAAACUCCAUGACUGAAUGCAAUAGAAGGCUUUAAUAAA